UGGAUGGGCAUUGGACCCACACUCCGGGUCCGCCACGUGCCAAGGGCAAGCACAAGCACAAGGCGCAGCUGCACCAGACAUCACAAAACACAGGCAAAACACGCCAAUGGCAAGCCGCACUCAGCAAUUGCAGAAGUAUACGUCUAGCUGGGGGAAACUUUCAAAUAGCAAAUCUUGUGGCGAGCGCUCACAGUCCCCUGUGUGGCGAGAUGGUUUCUCGGCUUAUACACGUUGAAUCCAUAACUGAUAAAUCACCCCUAAUUAUACGCUUGGUUUUGGCGUUCGUGGGCGGCUUCUGUUCAUUACAAAAUGAGUGGUGGAACGCCGACGGUCACAUUUGCUGCAGAGAGCGCUCCCCAUUCAUGUACAUCUUCAUGCAUCAAGUAAUGCUCAACGUCAAGGCUGUACCGUCUACCGUAUUGGCUGCACCAUCUGAUCAAACGAAGCCCACUUCAACCUAUUACUGCCGUGCGAUCGAACAUUGCAUAUCAAGGGUGAAGGCUGCGUGCGAUGUAAACGCCACUGGUGCUCUCAAGGAAUAA